UUAAUGUCCACCGCAGAUUCCCAGCAAUAACACCAUUUUCUUCGUGGAAGCUCCUCUCUUUCUUCGAUUCUUCUCUGUGUGUACAGUUUUACUUUGACUUCUUCACCUGGGCUUCUAUGGCGUCAAUUUCAGCUACUUGUCUCCGGCUCCAAGCUCCACUGAAGGUGCAGUUUCACAAGAGUGGUCAGGUAGCUGGUAGAAUUGCUCCUUUGAAUUGGGUAUCCGUACGUCCCUCUUCAAGGACUGUCCGAUUCCAGGUCUCUUGCGCGGCAAGGCCAGAGACAGUGCAAAAAGUUUGUGAAAUUGUGAGGAAGCAACUAGCUUUGCCUCCUGAGUCCGAGCUCACUCCUGAGUCCAAGUUCUCUGCACUCGGCGCUGAUUCACUCGACACGGUAGAGAUAGUCAUGGGGUUGGAGGAAGAAUUUGACAUUAGUGUGGAAGAGGAGAACUCUCAGAACAUUACAACAGUCCAAGAAGCCGCGGACUUGAUUGAUAAACUUGUUCAGAAGAAAGAUGUGGCUUAGGAAGUGUGGCAGGGAAGUGAAGAGUUUUGAGUCUGGAUCAUGAAUUAGGGGGAUUUUUGGCUCUGGCUUGUUUUCUAGAUUUUCAGUUUGUUGAGGAGAAAUGAAUCCAUUUCUAAGGUUUUGGCAUCUGAAUUUCUAUUUCUCUUGGAUUACUUCAAUUUUGAAUCGUAAGAUUUUGGCAGCUACUUAAAAUCUAUGUUCUGGCUUUGUACCGUUCGGUCGAUUACUAGGUUCUGCAUACUCCCCGAUCAAACAAUAGCAUUGCGGAUACUUUGGCUUCCACAGGAUGUAUUUCUGAUUCGAUGUUUAUUUUCGUUGAGACGGUCCCAUCAUCCAUUUACU